AUGCAGCAAUUUUUCCUCGACUUUACUGCGCCCCUGGCGGCAGAGCCUUUUUGCUGGCCCAGCUCACCAAAGUGCAGGCCCUGCCUACACGGCGGGGUGAGUGGAGAGAGUUCAUUCGAGGAAUUGGUGCGCAUCAAUGCCCAGUAUGUAGAAGAUACCUCUGUCUUGCCCCGCGUAUCUCAGAUGCCUGCCUUGUAUGAAGUUGCAACUUCAACGGACGAUGACACCUCUGAAUUUCGUUUGGUUAAGGUUCAGGUCAUUGCUCUGUUUGAGUUCGGCGUUUGGGAUACUCCUCCCUCCUUUAUGCUGGACGCGGAUGCGGACAACAAUGCAGCCUCGCAAGCCUCCACUGUUCGUAUGCCUGAAAUGGAUCUCUCUGAGGAUGUUAUCUCGAAAGAAGAAACGGCUCAUGCAGUGGACGUCGCCUGCGCGACUUCGCCACCGCCAAUCCUCGUUGAAAGCCAGGUGCAAUCCGCCCCGGAACAGGACGACAACGAGGCCACAAUUGCCAGUGUUGUAAUGUAUUCCCCCUCCCCUCCGCGUCGGCAAUGUUCUUUCCGUUGGCCAAAGCACCUGGUCACGCCCAAACCUCUUUUAGCCUACGCCGCAGUUGUUAGGGCCCGGUGUGGGUUAUGGCAGCGUUUGCGUCAAAAUAAAAAGGUGGUUGUGGACGCCAUUUGCGUGUGUAGGGCCCUGCAACAACGCCUCUCUCGCCUUCACGUGCCUGACGCUGUCAUGGCGGCCGGAGACGUCGACCAGUCCUCUUUGGAGAAAUAUCCUCUGAAUUUCGACGCCACGGAGAAAGGGGUGGAACUGGACAAUGAAGACUCCUCCGAGGACCCUAUGAGCAUACUUUCCCUCGUCAUACAGCAGUUGAAGGACGAAGCUGAGCGUAUUUCGGCCGUUUUUGAUCAACUGAAACAGAACGAGGGUAAGAAUCUUCAUUUACCGUGUCAUUUUUUGACUUUCGGGUACACCUUCCCGCGUUUCUAUUUUCGCUUGUCUUUUCCGACUGCUUGGUUUAAAGCUGUUUCACGUGUCGAAAUAUCGCUGACUUUGAAAAAUCUAUGCCUGUAUUUCUUCCGUUUUAUGUCUUUUUUGGUUAUAUCUGUUGAAAUACCUCCUUUAAGUGGAUUUGUUUGGUAG